AUGCCCCCAAUACGUAGUCUCGCCAGGCGCAAAGCACCUCCAGAUGGCUAUGCAGACAUAGAAGAUGAUUUGCUUAUAUUCAGCAACAAGAUGAAAGAUGCUGAGAACGCUUCGACAGCAAAUAUUCCACGGCAUCAGGUUCACUGGAAGAUAUUUGAAAUUAGCCAUCAACGUAGCAGAUAUGUUUACGAAUUAUACUACAAAAAGGAAGCCAUCAGCAAGGAACUAUAUGAUUGGUUGCUAAAAAAUGGCUACGCUGAUAAAAUGUUAAUUGCCAAAUGGAAGAAGACUGGAUACGAGAAGCUUUGCUGCCUAAGAUGUAUACAAACAAAAGAGACAAAUUUUAAUUCGACUUGUAUAUGUCGGGUCCCGAAAGCGCAGAUGAAGGAAGACCAAGCCGUGGAGUGUGUGAAUUGCGGAUGCCAUGGCUGCGCCUCAGCAGACUGA